AUGGGGCUGAAGGAGAUUCCGAGUAAGCCGUCCUCUGAAGGAAAACCCCUCCUCACAGUGACAACCAAGCUGGUGAGUGAGCAGCAAGAGAGCAGACCCCUCCUGAGUCCCUCCAUCGAUGACUUCCUCUGUGAAACCAAGUGUGAUGCGAGCCCUCGGCCAGUAACCUCUAACACUGCAGUGCUAUCCUCAACCUUGGAUCUGUUGGACCUGAGCGAACCGGGAGAGAGGAGGAACAGCAAGGACAAGAAGAGCCCGCGGGGGGAAGGCCCCAAGUGCCCCCCCCACCGGAAGAAGCAGGAUGAAACGGAGCUGAUCCAGGUGGACGUUGAGCAGAACACCACCUGCUCCAGAACGCCGGAGAGAAUGUCUUUGGAAUCAGUUAGUACUUCUUCGACCUUGGAGAAAUGGGAGGAGCUUAACUUGUACCCAGAGAGAAAUGGGAACAGGAAGUGGAAAACGGAGAGAAGGCGUUCAUCAAAGAACUCGUCAAAUGAAUUCCUUUGGUCCACCGAUUACAAAACGCAAUCUGACUCAGCUGGGAAAAACUCACUGGAGACACGCAGCACUGGCGAAGUGGAAACGGUGCCAAUCUCUCAGGGCCGUCUAGGCAAAGACCAAAGGUGGGGCGGUGCCCUUCUAUCCAGAAACCAGUCUCUGGAGGAGGAGUUUGAACGAGCCAAAGCAGCCGUGGAGUCUGACACUGAAUUCUGGGAUAAGAUGCAGGCUGAGUGGGAGGAACUGGCUCGGAGAAACUGGCUGACAGAAGACGAGCCUGCCCAGAUACCAACGACUGUCUCUCCUCACGAAAAGGGUUACUACUUCCACACGGACAACCCGUACAAAGACUGGCCCGGCGCCUUCGAGGACGGGCUGCGGAAGUCGCGUGAGGGGGACCUCCCCAACGCCGUGCUGCUGCUGGAGUCCGCCGUGCUGCAGGACCCACAGGACUCCGAGGCCUGGCAAGUCUUGGGCACCACACAGGCGGAGAAUGAAAAUGAGCAGGCAGCGAUUGUCUCCCUCCAGAGGUGCCUGGAGCUCCACCCCCAUAACCUGACCGCCCUGCUGGCCCUGGCGGUGAGCCUAACCAACAGCGGGAUGGGCCAGGAGGCCUGCGAAGCCCUGCUGGGCUGGAUCCGGCACAACCCCAAAUACAAGGACCUGCUCAAGUCCAGGCCCCACCUCAAGAACUCCCCAGGGGCCCACGGCAGGCUGGCUCGAACCUCCACCAGCACCAGCGCCCUAUUGGCUGAGGGGAAGGAGCUGUUCCUGGAGGCGGUCCAGCAGAACUGCGACAGCAUCGACCCGGACCUGCAGACGGGGCUGGGGGUUCUGUUCAACCUCAGCUCCGAGUUCAACAAGGCGGUGGAGGCCUUCAAUGCAGCCCUGUCUGUCCGGCCGGAGGACUACCUGCUGUGGAACCGGCUGGGGGCCACGCUGGCCAAUGGGGACCGCAGUGAGGAGGCAGUGGAGGCUUACACCAGGGCCCUGGAGCUGCAGCCCGGCUUCAUCAGGUCCCGCUACAACCUGGGCAUCAGCUGCAUCAACCUGGGCGCACACAGGGAGGCAGCGAGCAACUUCCUGACGGCCCUGAACCUCCAGAGGAAGAGCCGGAGCCGGCAGCUGUCCCACCAGGUGAUGUCUGGGAACAUCUGGGCCGCCCUGAGGAUAGCCCUCUCCAUGAUGGAUCAGCCCGAACUUUUCCAAGCUGCCAAUAUCGGAGACCUGGACUUACUCCUGAGGGCCUUCAACCUGGACAUUUGAGCAGGAACACGGAGAGG